AUGGACGAGGAAGAAACACAAAUGCAAUUUUUAUCUGCCAUGAUGGGCAGCGACUUCAGCACCGAAGUUGCGCGUCGCGUUCUUCGAAAACACAAUGGCAGUGCAGAGAAGGCAGCCGAAGCUUUACUCGCAGGCGACAAUGGCGAGGACGAUGCGGUGGUUUCUAUCCACACAACGGGUACCACCCAGCCCGCUGUCAUAGACCUCACGAGUGACGACUCUGAGGAAGUGAAUCGUGCCAUUCGCAUGUCUCUGAACGAGGACGAGUCGCCACCGCCGAAGUUUGGCCCGAGCAAUCGUGCCCCAGAUCCAGCUUGGCAAGUCGUAGCGUCGAAUGUAUCUACCUCCAACGACGCCCAGAUGGAACAGGCCAUUCAAAACAGCUUGGAAGACUUUGCAGUGGAAGACGACGACCACCCAUCUGUUGAGCUGGCUGUACGAGAGGGUGGAAGGCCCGUGGCAAUUCGACCAGAAAUAUCGAAUCUGGCGUAUGCUGCAUUGAUCCUACAAGCACUGUACUAUGUUCCCCAAAUACGACGAAAGGUGUCCGAAGUCAACCUUGACUCGCCGCUGCUGCAAGAGUAUCCUGUUGAACGGGAAGCACUGAGGUUACUCCGGGAUAUGUUCGUGCACCAGGAUCUCGCGCAGCUAUCUAUCAUUCUCGAUCAAGAAGUCUUACAAGCCUUCCGGGCGCAGCCUAUCCAUGAGACUCAGAAAAUCUGCGAAUACUCGCUCAGAUUCUACGGCGAAGUCAUGGGCGUUCUAACGCACUAUAUGAGAGCCGAGGAUCCAGAAGGAGUUCCUUUGGGUGCUUUGCAGUCUGGAACGGUGCAUAUUGUCGACGGCAAACGCCACAACCAAACCCCGCAUCACAAGAACGAAAUCCUCACACCCGUAUACGUGGAAUAUGGGUGGAACGAUGUGCAUGAGGAUCUUGUACAGCGUCUGUCCCUGACUCUAAUGCAAGAACUCAAUGCACUCCAGUACAAGUACGAAGUGAUCGUUGAACCGGCUCCGGAAGUGGUGGCGUUCGUUCUCAAAAACGAAGGGAAAUGCUUAUCUCCUCCGGCACUAACUUUUCCCAAGACGAUAUACAUGGAUCGGUUUUUGAACGAAAGCACUGAGUUUGCGCAUCAGAAGCAGCAAGAAGUGCGGGAUAUGCAAGAGGCUGUGAACAAGCUGUGGCAAAGCAAACAGGCACUGACGCAAUUUAAUAACAAAGAUACCCUGAAGGAUCUAAGGACGACACUGUACUAUUACGAAGAGGUGGCGCAGGCGAAAGAUGAUGAUCCCGACCGACGUGCUCGUAUUGACGCAAUGGUUAGCAAACUGCGAAAUUCGAUUGGUGUUAUUGAGAAGGAACUUGAAGUCAUCGAUAUGGAGAGCACGAGGCUGUUAGAGGAGUCGCAGCGCGUACUUGACUGCCCAGAACUCAAGAACCACCCUUACGAUCUCCGCGCUGUUCUGAUGCACGACGGACUGCCGGGGAGGAAGCAUGUCUAUUUAUACGUGCAAGACGCGGGGGGGAUUUGGUGGAAAACGGUGGAUACCGUCGUGACUGAGGUACCGGAGGAGGAUGUGUUUCGGGAUACCACAGGAAUGCUGCUCGGCGCUGGACCAUACAUGCUGCUCUACAGCCGCAGUUUAUCCAAGGAGGAGCUCGAAGCGCCGGUACAAUGGCCGAGGGAGAGCACGGAGCUGACAGAGAUGAAUAACAAGACAUUUUUGGACUCUUUGCCACCUGAGAUUGCGGCCAGGGCCCGACCGAGGACAGGGAGUAGCAUUGAUCAUGGAGAUAUGAUGGAUACGACUGCAUAGAGGAGGAAUUUAUGUUACGCAAACUGGUUAGCCUGGAAUCGACGCCCGUGUCGUGGAUUACACGCCACUCCUCGUAGACCUUGCAAGAAAAAACUGAAUCCGUUGUGAUGGAUUUGCCCUGGAUACGUGACAGAAUUGCUGUGUGUAUGUGAUGGAUCAGCUGAAAGGGCUCAGUGUCUUGGCAGAUGAAUCGUAAAUUGCCAAAUGGGGAGGAGAUGAAAGAAGAAGACCGCGCCAUUUUUUUCUCCAUUAUUAUCUCUUUCUUCCUUACGCCCAUCUUGGUGUCCGUUCACCGUCCUUUUCUACUUUGUCCUUCGCGGACCAAGCACAUUCCUUUAUAUAAAAGCCUGUAUUUCUUGACGACAGCCUUGCUCAGCCCCGCAAUGCCUUUCUUCAGCAAACGUUCUCUCUUUGCCGCCGUCGCCACUGCUCUUUUACCAGCGGUGCAUG